GAGGAGAAAGACAUUUUGGUCGUCAAUCGACGAGCCAUUUCUGCACUUGAUUGGGGAAAGAGAGCACAUCUCCCUUGCCGAAACUUAUCGCUGGCUGGAACGCUGGGACUGCACUCCGGAACCAGUUGGACCUGCCUGUUGCUGCUCGAUUUCUAAAAAAUAAGCUACAACCACAGGACGAUUCUCAUUUACCAUAAUUUUUCCUUUCGACCAAGAUAAAGGGACCAUGACAAUGGCAACGCCAGACCAAGGCAUGCUGGAGACUGCAAGUACAUCAACCGUCAGCAAGGAUUACUCCAGGUUGGACGUGGAUGCAAUUCUAAAGGGUGUGGAAGUGGUGGAAGGGUUGCAGGAUGGCUUACCAAACCAGGACGGUGGUGACGGUACCACCGUCAUGGACGUUUCAACGAAAAAAAUGGAAGAAGUAUCCAACAAGCUCCGCGAACUAAUGGACGAAUCGGCCCCUGAUAGCAGCUACCAGGCUCCUGAUUUGGCGGCAGCCAACCUCAAAGCAAUGGAAAAGAUUUCUAUUCGGGGCUCUCAUGAAUCUUUGGUGGACAAGUUGUAUCAAAAGGCUGCACAAAAGCAGCGACAGCCCGAUCGCAUCAAGCCCGUUGCUCCUGCAAACACUGGCGAGAAAAAGCUCCGCCCGGUCAAAAGUUUCGGGAAUAUGCCAGUUGUUCCUGCUCCCAGCAAGAACUCCCGACGACAAACGGCUCUUCCCAACCGAGGAGCUUUGCGAAGAACCAGCAGUCUCAGUGGUCUCGCAUUGAAGGCAGCCGUUGGUGGUCUCGACGCUCUCAAGGAGGAAGAGAAGAGAAGCAAAGCCCGGAAAAUGAGGGAUCCUCUCAGUACAUCUCUUCAUCAUGGGAAGGCCAGCAGCAGCAGUCUUGUCAGCAGUUCAAGAACCCACAAAAGCGAAAAGUCUGCAGGAUCCAGCAAGAGCAAACGAAUUAUCAGAAAAACUGCAAGCUUACCCGAGGAGGCUAAUGCUCCCGAUGUUCCUCGUAGUCAAAGUCCUCGUCGAAACACAGUUGUUUCCUUAUCGCCUACCAGAAAAGUUCGCCGAAGCAGCAGUUUGGACCCCAAAUGUGGCACGACGGGACCCGCCUGA